GACGCGCACAUUGGCGCAGCGGGGCUGAAAGGACGUCGGCCGCUUCUCUUCGCUCCCCCGUUAGUGCGAUAGUCAUGGCUGCUGACGGGGUGAAUGAACGGUCCCCGCUGCUGUCAGCGCCCAGUUCGGGCAAUGUCACCCCGACGGCCCCGCCGUACUCCCCAGCCGGCAGCCCGAGAGCAGAACUCCCGCCACCUUACACUGCCAUCGCUAGCCCAGAUGCCAAUGGUGUUCCUGUAAUAAAUUGCCGUGUGUGCCAGUCGCUAAUCAAUUUGGAAGGGAAGCUUCACCAACAUGUGGUCAAGUGCACAGACUGCAAUGAAGCUACGCCAAUCAAAAACCCUCCUUCAGGGAAAAAGUAUGUUAGAUGUCCAUGUAACUGUCUGCUUAUCUGUAAGGAUACAUCACGGAGAAUAGGAUGUCCAAGGCCCAAUUGUAGACGCAUCAUUAAUCUUGGUCCAGUUAUGCUGAUUCCAGAGGAGCAGCCAGCACAGCCUGCAAUACCUGUUCAGCCAGAAGGCACUAGAGUAGUGUGUGGACACUGUGGAAAUACAUUUCUAUGGAUGGAACUGAGGUUCAACACUUUGGCAAAGUGCCCACAUUGCAAAAAAAUUUCAUCUGUUGGAUGCGCUCUCCCACGAAGACGGUGCUGUGCCUAUAUUACAAUUGGAAUGAUAUUUAUCUUCAUUGGGUUUGGAUUAACUGUUGGUACCCAGGAUUUUGCCAGAACAUUUCAUGCCACUUAUGUUUCAUGGGCUAUUGCUUACCUCUUCGGCUUGGUCUGCCUGGUUCGAGCCUGCUACUGGGGAGCUGUAAAAGUCAGUUAUCCAGAACACAGUUUUGCAUAGACUUCUAAUAGUAUCUUAUUGGAAAAUGGAGCUUUCUAGAGAAUCUGAUGAUUAUAGGAGCUGAGUAAUUUAAACAGUUUUCCUAUUAAAUGUUUCUGUUUUGUUACUAAGUUUUAAGGCUGGGGAUCCUUUUAAGAACAAAUGUUCAUUGCACUACAUUAUAUGCAAAUAGUUUGUUUUGCUGCUAGAUUCCCAAACUCUGAAUACUAAAGCUUUGUUUACACAAUUGUACAUCUGUCUUAAAAGAACUGUUGAAUUCAACUCCAAUUUACAGUAUUUUUCUUUCUGUAUUAAACGUGCUUGUGCCAUUUGGGGAUGAAUAUGUAAAAGCAAGAAAUAUUUAUAUGUGUUUCUACAAGUGCUUCACAUUUGUAUGUACACUUUUAAAACUGUCAAAGCAACGUGCUUUAGAAUGUUAAGCAAUAAACAUUUUGCUUGAACUGCUUAGUUUAACUUUCACCUAAGAUCAGCGUGACCUUAAAGAGUGUGCAUCAUUUUCAAAAAAGUGGAGUUUUUCUUAGGGAUAUACUAUCCUUUCAGAUUUCCAGUUUGAGAAAUGCAGUAUUUUAGUAGGCUACUUAAAGAAAAAAAGUUCAUUUAUCCUCUACUGAAAUUCAACUUGAAUAUUUUUUUUAAAAUCUUGGAUUUUUUUUUUUUUUAACAUCCAAAGCCAUGAUUGGAUUUCUGGAACUUCCCUAUGGUUAUUUGUAUGAGUUCCUUUACAGGGUCUAAAUAAGGGAAGCAUUUGAUAUGACUUUAUACAUUUAGAUGAUUUUAGAGUGAUGUUGGGCUAUCUCUUAGUUUGUUUAGAUUGCCAUUUAUUUUCCAUAAUGGGAGAAUAACUCUCCAGUCAUUAUAAAGGGACAUAUUUAUAGCUUUACGCAGCUAAUAUGAAAUGAAAUAGAGCAGUUAUUCUGAUCAUUCCAUCAAUGUGUAGCUGGUUGGUACAAUAUUAAAAACUAAUCAAGUGAUAAUAAAAAUGAUAGAAUAAAAAUAAUAAUUUUCUCAAGACUUGUUCACAAAUAGAAUAUUGGGACCAGUUAUUGCACUGACCAAUUUUGAAGUUUUACAGAACAUGGUUUUUUUAAAAAUUCUGGGGGAAUACCCUGAGCUUUAGAUUAUAGUAGUCCUUAGGCAAUGGGAGUCAAGAAAGUAGAUUAAAGUGGAUUUUCUAGGAUUAUAUAUAACAACCCUGAUUAAGGACAAAGCGAUGCUUGGCUGAGGAUUUGGAGCACAAAAAAAAUAAUAAUCCUAAAUGUACAUGGAAGUUGUCUUUGUAUAAUGUUAAAUGUACAAAAGCAGUAGCUCAGGUUUAUCAUGUACCUUUUAAAAUAUACUAAUAAAGAUGAUUAUUGAAAAUGAA